AUGGACUCAUUACUAACCCAAACGUCUGUCCUAAUCCGAGAACUUCAAAAUGAUUUGCUUUCGUAUGAAAAUUCACAAGACCGUACAAACGAUGCUGCAUGUAGUGACGUCGUAGCGAAUAAAAUUCAACGUUUACUGGAAAUCUGUGAUCGACUCGAUAUUUUGGUCAAUAAAGAACCAGCACAGCGACGAGCACAAUCUAGGCAACGUGUUAAUGAAAUCAAAUACGAUAUCCGGCACUACAAAAGUGCGUUCGAGGGUAUCACAGCCAAAAAGCACCAACGAGAUGAAGCUGAACGACAGCGAGAUUUGUUACUUCAACGGAAAUUUACACCGUCAAAUACUGCUUCUAAUGGCGAAACACACAUUAAUAUCGAUCAUUCAUUAGAAUAUUCUCAACGACUCGAUUCUGUACAUGCACAUGUCGAUGGAUAUCUCGAACAAGCACGUUUAACACUGACGAAUCUUCAAUUACAAGGAUCUACUUUGAAAAAUAUUCAUAAAAAAAUGAUAUCUAUGGCAAAUCUCUUAGGUUUAUCAUCGACAGUUAUUCAUUCAAUCGAACGACGUACAGCGAGCGAUUGGUGGCUUUUAUUCGGUGGAAUGAUUAAAUUCUGUUUUUUCAAAAAUAUAUUUCAACUAGUUAUAUCGACGAUGACGACAGCAGCAACAACUCAAUUUUACCAGACACACACCAUGGGUUGUGGAGCAAGCAGUGAUACUUCGCGUGUACAAGAACCAACAUUAAAUAAGAAAUCUGUUUUACCUCCAAUUGAUCCACAUCCAAAGAAGAAGAUACCAUCCGCUAAAUCCAAUACAUCAAAUGACAGUGGAAUUGAAGACUCUGAACCAGUUUUUAGAACUAAACCUCCGGGAUCAAAAAUUCCUGUACCAAUUGACAAUUUACACGUCGAACACCAUCAAAAAUCUCGGUUAGGUCAUGGUGAAACAUUUGACAUCAUUGCAACGCCUAAGCCUGGCAGUUUAGCACCAUUGAGACAUGUUCCUAAGUUUCUUAUGACUAAUAAACCAACACCAUCCGUCGACUCUGAUUUACAAGCAAAAAUAGCGGCAAAACAGGAACGUGCUUCCCGUAAACGUCAAGAAAUCGAAGAGGCACGGCGAUUAGCAUCGUCAAGAAUAGGUCAUCGGCCAAUAGAAAAAUCAACAGUACCGUCAAUAUCCACUCCUGAACCAUUACCUGCUACGACAACAUCAGCAUAUUCAUCCAAACAUAAUGAAAGGCAACAACACUUAGCCAUGCUUCGUGACAAACUCCGUCAUACUGGAAGUUCCAAUGGUUUCCAUGAUUCUAUGCCAUCACCUCAUACACCGCGUACACCACGAAAUGAUUCAGUAUCAAGUGGAAUGACUGAUGUAGCUAAUUUAACACCACGUCGUGGCGCUCCUGUUAUUGGUGCAACAAAACCUUCGAAUUUCAAACCAGUUUAUGACUAG